CAUCGGUAGCGACGAAGUUAAGAUCGGGAUAUUUAAGGCAGGGGCGAGUUCAAAAUGGCGGCGACGUAGGAAAAUGCCAUGUUCGAGUUCGAAAGGAGGCGGCUGGGUGAAACACGGACGAUUUUGAAAUGGCGGCAAGCAGAAAUGCCAGAAUGGGUAAGCAGCCCAACCAACACUAGAAGCAAAAGAAAAAGUUCAUCACUAACACCAAAAGCCAGGAGGGAAAUAAGGUUGGGUGAGCUUACAACGAUGGUCAUGACAGUAAAAUAAGCAAACAUUCAACAUCUUCGAUGAGUCUUUACAAUAUUUUGGUUUUGAUAAGUUGAAAAACGCAUCUUUCAUAUUUGUGCUUG